GCGAGCCACGCCCCCUUGUCUUCUGCGGGAGUGGCGCGCGGCGGCGGGGUGGGGCCUUCCUGAUGACCUUUCACCCCAGCAUGGCUGCGCCCUUGGGACCCGUGAAGUUCUGGCGACCCGGUACAGAGGGCCCAGGUGUCAGCAUCUCUGAAGAGAGACAAAGUAUUGCUGAAAACUCCUCAACAACCGUUGUUUACAACCCUUACGCUGCUCUUUCUAUAGAACAGCAGAGGCAGAAGCUGCCUGUGUUCAAGCUUAGGAAUCAUAUCUUAUACUUGGUAGAAAAUUAUCAGACGGUGGUGAUUGUUGGAGAAACGGGAUGUGGGAAGAGCACUCAGCUUCCUCAGUAUCUGGCAGAAGCUGGCUGGACAGCGGAAGGAAGAGUGGUUGGAGUAACCCAACCUCGAAGAGUAGCUGCUGUGACAGUUGCAGGGAGAGUAGCCGAGGAAAGGGGUGCAGUGCUGGGCCACGAGGUGGGCUACUGCAUCCGCUUUGAUGACUGCACCAACCCACUGGCGACAAGAAUUAAGUUUCUUACUGAUGGAAUGCUGGUGAGGGAAAUGAUGGUUGACCCAUUGCUAACAAAAUACAGUGUCAUCAUGCUGGAUGAAGCCCACGAGAGGACUCUGUAUACGGACAUUGCCAUUGGCUUGCUAAAGAAGAUUCAGAAGAAGCGAGGGGACCUUCGGUUGAUUGUGGCUUCAGCCACUCUGGAUGCAGAGAAAUUUCGAGAUUUCUUUAAUCAAAAUGAAACCAGUGACUCAACCAGGGAUACCUGCGUGAUCCUUACAGUGGAAGGGCGAACGUUUCCAGUGGAUAUCUUUUAUCUGCAAAGUCCUGUUCCAGAUUAUAUCAAAUCAACUGUGGAAACUGUGGUAAAAAUUCACCAGACAGAGGGAGAUGGAGACAUACUAGCCUUUCUUACUGGCCAGGAAGAAGUAGAAGCUGUUGUGUCUAUGCUGAUUGAGCAGGCCCGAGCCCUGGCUCGCACUGGGAUGAAGAAACACCUCCGGGUUCUCCCCAUGUACGCAGGGCUGCCUUCCUUUGAGCAAAUGAAAGUGUUUGAAAGGGUGUCACGAAGCGUCAGAAAGGUGAUUGUUGCUACCAAUGUGGCAGAAACCUCCAUUACUAUCAGUGGCAUUGUGUAUGUGAUUGACUGUGGCUUUGUGAAACUGAGAGCCUACAACCCCCGGACAGCCAUUGAAUGCUUGGUGGUGGUGCCAGUGUCCCAGGCGUCAGCCAACCAGCGGGCAGGACGUGGUGGACGCAGCCGCUCUGGAAAGUGUUACCGCCUUUAUACAGAGGAAGCCUUUGACAAGUUGCCUCAGUCCACUGUCCCUGAGAUGCAGCGCAGCAACUUGGCUCCUGUCAUCCUACAGCUGAAAGCACUGGGGAUUGACAAUGUGCUCAGGUUCCACUUCAUGUCGCCCCCUCCAGCACAGUCGAUGGUUCAAGCUUUGGAGUUACUCUAUGCUCUGGGAGGUCUGGACAAAGACUGUCGCCUCACUGAACCACUUGGCAUGAGAAUAGCAGAGUUUCCUUUGAAUCCCAUGUUUGCCAAAAUGCUGCUUGAAUCAGGAAAUUUUGGCUGUUCUCAGGAAAUUCUAAGCAUUGCAGCCAUGAUGCAGAUCCAGAAUAUCUUUGUGAUCCCUUCAAACCAGAAAUCUCAGGCAAUUCGAGUGCACAGGAGAUUUGCUGUGGAAGAAGGUGACCACCUCACCAUGCUCAAUGUGUAUGAAGCAUUUAUCAAACACAAUAAAAACUCCCAGUGGUGCCAGGAGCAUUUCCUGAAUUACAAGGGGCUUGUCAGAGCCGCAACUGUGCGAGAACAGUUGAAAAAGCUGCUUGUGAAGUUUCAGGUGCCCAAGAAGUCCAGCGAAGGUGAUCCAGAUCCCGUCCUGAGAUGCAUCGUCGCGGGAUUCUUUGCGAAUGCAGCCAGGUUUCAUUCUACUGGAGCUUACAGGACUAUCCGCGAUGACCAUGAGCUGCAUAUCCACCCCGCGUCCGUCCUCUAUGCGGAGAAGCCGCCACGCUGGGUUAUCUACAAUGAAGUCGUGCAGACCUCCAAGUAUUACAUGAGAGAUGUGACCGCCAUAGAAUCUGCCUGGCUGCUGGAGUUGGCUCCACACUUCUACCAACAAGGAACGCACCUGUCCCUGAAGGCCAAAAGGGCCAAGGUCCAGGACCAGUGAGCCUAGCUCAGCUGUGGCUGCAGGGACUGCCGGGCAGCAGUGCAGAUGGAACUUGGCUGCUGCCUUGAAGUGGGCUGCAGCCCGCCCCUUAGCCUCUUUGCCCUCUCCCCUCAGUAUUUGCAGGAGUCUGCAUGGGCAGGGGGGUCCUGCACGCGGCACCCAGGCAGGGCUGGGGGGGACUGGGCCCUACCGUCAGUCUCAUUUGCUGCUCACCCAGCCAGCAUGCCACUCCAGCAGGGUGCGCUGCUGGCCAGCCAGGCUCUGAGAGGAAGAGGAGGAGUCAGCCUGAGGGCCAGAACCAGUGUGGGGCCUGUGGGUUGGCAGGACUCCCUUGCUUUCCCUGCUGUGGCCCCAACUAUGUCGACCAGUGAAGUCCACUGUGGGCAUGUACAAGCUGCUCUCUACAAGGAAGAGACCGCGAGCGCUGAGGACUUCUACCAAGGCCGCCAAGGACCAGGUCUGUUAGGCACAGGGGCUCACACACCAAGCAGCUCCUGUCCGCCUCUCCCCAGCCCCUGUGCCUGCUUCUGUGAGGCCAGGAGACUCACAGGGGACUGGCCGUCGGCAGGAAGAUUCAAGUGCACUGUCAGCCCAGGCUUUCGUCCUUCACCGGUGGGCUUAGCUUCCCUCAGUACAGUACCGUGUCCUGGUGCCACCAGCCGGGCACCUCAGCUCCGGCCCCAUGGGAGCUGGACCUUAGCAGGAAUUCACUACAGUUUAGGCACUCUAAACUUCUGUAGCUCAGGAACAUAAUCUUGUAUGUUGAUCUUAGUCUGCUUGCAUUCUUGCGAGAACGUGGGGUGGCUCUCCCAGCAGGCACUGGGUCAGGGCCGCGCCAGGGGCUGCUUCGCUGUGACGAUGACCGCACUCACAACACAUGACGCCACAGGUGUUUCCCCUUAGCGUUUCAGUGACAUUUACCUUAAAACACGUGGCUUGAAGAUGCAUUUAUUUUUGUACUGGUUUUAGUUUGGAUCCGCCACUUUUGGCACCAAACCUGUAUGUCAUUUUUAUUUCCAUUUUGUCAUUUUUAUAAACAUGUAAAUAGUAACGAGAACUUGUUAAUAAUAGUAAAAACCUUUAUACCUGAAGUAAACCUGUUCCCUCCCAUCCGUGAA